AUGCAGAGUUGGUGUCUCGUUUCAAUAUGUGUUUUACUUGGCGUUGUCGUGAGAUGGGGAGUGUCCUUAAAUUCUUAUUCCGGUGCCGGAAAAGCACCCAUAUUUGGCGACUAUGAAGCACAGCGUCACUGGCAAGAAAUAACCUACAAUCUUCCAGUGCAUGAAUGGUACUUCAAUACUACAGACAAUGAUUUGAAUUACUGGGGUCUUGACUAUCCUCCUCUGACUGCCUAUCACAGCCUAAUAUGUGCUCAUAUUGCCCAGAUAAUUAACCCUGAAUGGGUGCAGCUUCACAAAUCCAGAGGUUAUGAAAGUACCACACACAAGUUAUUUAUGAGAACGACAGUGCUUGUUGCAGAUUUCUUUAUAUACAUCCCUGCCAUGGUAUUAUAUUGUUUAUGGCUGCAUGAUGGAACUAUUAAGAGAAAGAUUUGCACUCUGCUCUGCUUUCUCAUCUAUCCAGGGUUAAUUCUCAUUGACUAUGGACAUUUUCAGUACAAUGCAGUGAGCUUAGGCUUUACCCUGUGGGCUGUUCUUGCUCUGGGACUAGGCUGGGAUGGACUAGGCUCCAUGGCCUUCUCCCUGGGCCUCAAUUACAAACAGAUGGAGCUGUACCAUGCUCUGCCCUUUUUCUGCUACCUCCUGGGAAAGUGUUUCCAAAUGGGCCUACUGGAAGGAGGGUUGUUGAUGUUGCUGAAAGUCGCUGUUACGGUGUUGGUGACCUUUGCUCUCUGCUGGUUGCCCUUCCUGUCUGACCCUGCUCAGACUUUGCAGGUGUUCAGGAGAAUUUUUCCCGUGGCUCGAGGCCUGUUUGAGGAUAAGGUGGCCAACACGUGGUGCAGUUUGAACACUGUGAUAAAGAUCCGAUCUGUGCUGUCCAGUGACUUCCAACUCUACCUCAGUUUUGCCUGCACUGUUCUGGCAGUUCUUCCAUCCUGCAUCAGGCUUUUGACAAAACCUACAUUCUGGCAGUUUAAAUUGGCUUUGGUAAACUCAUCUCUGGGUUUUUUCCUCUUCUCCUAUCAAGUCCAUGAGAAGUCAAUUCUCUUGGCUUCCUUGCCUGUCUGUCUCUUCCUGAAUGACCUUCCACUAAUAUCGGUUUGGUUUCUGCAAGCUUCUUCAUUCAGCAUGCUGCCUCUGUUUCUGAAGGACGGUCUCCUGGUGCCAUAUGUUGUGACUUCGUUAGCCUUUGUCUACUUCAGCAUCUAUUUGCUGUCAGCACUAGAGCACUGUUCGGAAGAAGAGCUUGGAUUGGGAUCUUUCCAAAAGCUCUUGUUCUUCCUACCCAGAAUGGACCUGGCUUGCAUUUUGAAAUGGAAGUUCUACAUCAGCAUCUUUGCCAUGGGCUGUUUGAGCGUCGCAAGCAUCACUCUCUCCCCACCACCUCAUUUGCCCGACUUAUUUCCUGUGCUAGUGUCCACAUUUUCUUUUGUUCAUUUCUUGGGGACAUUUGUCUACUUCAACGUCAUCCAGUUCAGUGAACAGCCAAGUAAAAAUAGACAUAAGAAGAACAAAUAA